UCACAGCAAAACAUUAUUAUGAUGGUGUAAUUUUUAUCGAAAUUUGAUAAGUUUUGAUAAGAAUUUUCUCACGUUUUACCUGUCAUAGUGGUAAUUUUGAAGUCCGAAACAUUGCGGGAACACAUUCUGUCUUUGGAAAUGAAUAUGAAAUGAUUAUGAACAAAAUAUAAAUCAUGUAGCGCUUAUUGUUUUGGCGCGUGAGGACAUCAGUGCUAACGCAAAUGCCAAAUGUGUAUCGAUCUUAACCUUCAUCUGGUAAAGGAAAGCUCAUUUUCAACUACAAAUGGGUUCGGAUGAAGACUAUGUUUAUCAGCUGAGAAGGACAGGGGCUGCUGCGUCAUAUCCCAAUAUCAAAGAUGUAAUGAAGUUAAAGAUGGGGAUCACACGAUUUGGUCGCAGCACAGAUAAUGAUUAUUAUUUAGAUUCUGCAAAACUGAAGAACUUCAUUUCUCGUUCUCAUGCUGAAAUCCAUGCCAAGAAAAGUGAAGAUGGGCAGUAUGUGUUUGUACUUCACAACAAAGGACUUAAUGGUACAUUUAUCAAUGAUAUUAAGAUGAACCAGUUUAUUCUGUUACAAGAAGGAGAUAAAAUAACGUUUGGGCACACCAAUGGUUUUAAGUUAGAACCAGGUCAGAGAGCAAAUCAACCAAACUCAGAAUUUGAGUUUGUGUUUGAGAAAGUACCAGCCAGAUUCGCAGAGGCAGAUUCAACCUCUGAAGUACGAGAUGGCAAAAUACUCAGUUCUCCAGAAUCAGAUCACAAGAAAUCUCCGAAAUCACCGAAAUCACCGAAAUCCCCAUCAAAGCUAAAAAGACAAAGUGAUAUUAAUUCAUAUUUAAGUAAACAUUCAAAAGACUCAGAAAAAUUAGAAAUCAAAUCCCAUGACUCAUCACAUAAUUCCAUGUCACCUGACCAUAGAUCAUUUGAUCAUGAUUUGUCAUCACCGGACGCAAAAUACUCUGAGCACAGCAUGUCACCACUAAUUCCACAGAAUGCACCGAGAGAGUCAUCCACCUUAGUUAUGAGUGAAGAAGAGGAAUUCGAGGAACCAGUAGACGAGAAGCCAGAUAUUUUUGAAAUAAAGAAAAAAGGACGGGAAUCAAAAGUUUUCAAUUAUGCAGAAGAUUCUGAAGAUGAAUAUUUUGCCAUGGAAGCAAAAACUGUCCCUGUGAAAACUAAAGGAAAAAGAGGGAGAAAGAAGUCUACUACACCCGUACAAGCUCGAGCUCCUAAAUCCAGGAGUCCACCAACAAAGAAAAAAGUAUUGAUUUCUCCCACGAGACCAAUUGAAAGAGAUAGCAGUCCUGAAGUGGAGUUACCUUCUCCUGGAAGUGUCAGUAGCAUGUCUAACCACAGUGAUCAUAGUCGUCAUCAUGAUGAGAGUCACAAUGACAGGCGUGACAGCAUGGACAGGGAUCCAUUUAAUUUUUCGGAUGAUAGUGACAGUGAUUCUAACAAAAAGAAAGGUAAAAAGGCAGCAAAAGGAAGACCACCAGGUAGUAAAAGUAAAGGCCCAGGACCAAGUCUAGGAUCUGGUCCAGGAAGGGGACGGGGUCGAAAAGCAAAGAAUAUUCAACCAAAAAUUGAACUUGACAUUACUGAGGAAGAUGAAAAACCUGCAAAGAAAAGGAAAAAGACAGCAAUCUCACCGCCACCCCGGAAAAAGACAGCAGCCUCACCGCCACCACCACCUAGACCACCAGCCUCACCCUCACCACCACCACCACCACCUCCUAAAUCAGCGGAUAAAGUCCAGAAGAAAAGAAGAGGUAGACAACCUUCAGGUGCAGAAGGUUAUUCUGAAUUAGAAGAUGGUGUUGAAUGGUACGAAGAAGAAAAAUGUGCUGCAGAGAAAUGUAAACGACCAAAAAAUAAAAGAGUAAAAUGGGUGCAAUGUGACCUCUGUGAUGAAUGGUAUCACACGGUAUGUGUUGGUUGUCAAUACGAAUCGGUUAAAGAUAAAAACAUAGAAUUUAGUUGUGGGUAUUGCAAUUGACCAGUGUUUUCAUGCUUUAAAAAGGAUUGUUAAAUUUGAAAGAAAGAAAAAUGGAUAAAAGAAAAGAGAGAAGAAAUGAUAGAUUGAACUUUCAGAAAGAAAUAUUAAAGUUUAAAGUGCAGUAGAACUUUUGCAUUUGUUUAUCAUGAAAGGGUCAUGCUCUUAGUUAUCUCCCCUGUAUUUUCUUUUUUGAAAAGGGGUAUUUCCUACAUGUAACAUGUUGUUUAUAAAUAUUUUAUGUGGUUAAUUGGAAAGGAUCAAUUAGAAUAUUUUGAUUGAUAAUGGAAGACAAAAAUUAUUUUAAUUGGAAAUUUAACAGUGUAACCUUAUAUGACAUUGGAUUAAUUUCGAUUUGGUGCUGCACAUAGCUAUAUACAUGUAGGUUGUAUGCAUUCUGACACAAUUUCCAAAAGUCCAAAAAGAAAUUGCGAAAAGUUGUUAAUAAAUAGCUAUCAGCGUUAAAUAUACAAAAUACCUAUUCCAACUUACUAAUUCUCUUUCUGUACAGAGAUUUGAAUAUUAUAAAUGGUUUUUA